GGAUCUGUCAUCAUGGCGCGGCAGAGCGCGCGAGAAGCGAUAUUUAUUCUGGGCGUGCACGAGUGUGUCGUCGCGUGAGAAAUCGCGGAAAAUCGACGUGUUUUGACAGCCGAGAACGAAACGGGAGAUUCUUUCGCGCCAGCAUGGACAAGCCGCCGUACAAAUUGAGCAGCGUGUUACGCGGUCACACCGCGGACGUGAGAGCGGUGGCGACCUUCGUCGACGGCUCCGUUGUGUCCGUCUCCAGGGACAAGACCGCGCGUGUCUGGAAACCGACCGGGAAGAGUAAUGAGUACGAACAGAGUGCAAUAUUGUCCGGUCAUUCGAAUUUUGUCAGCUCAGUAUGCGUUAUAAAUCCAUCGGAGAGGAAUCCCAAAGGUUAUAUCAUUACUGGCAGCAAUGACAAUACCAUAUGUGUCUAUGUGGCUGAUGAGACAGUACCUGUGCAUACAAUAACAGCGCAUCAGAAUACUGUGUGUAAUCUGAGGACUGGGAAAAAGGACGACACGUUUCUUUCAAGUUCCUGGGACCUCAGCGCUAAGUUAUGGGACAUAAAAGAUUUGAGUAAACCGCAGUUGGAUCUCAUAGGUCACACUGCUGCGGUAUGGUGUGUGGCGGAUUUAUUAAGUGGCAAUAUAGUGACUGGGUCUGCUGAUAAGUUGAUAAUAGUGUGGACAAAAGAUGGUUCAGUGGAACAUAAAUUAACAGGACACACAGACUGUAUUCGUGAUAUAGUUGAUAUAAAGGAGAACGAAUUUUUAUCUUGCGCCAACGAUGCUACUAUUAGGCACUGGAACGCCAAACUCGGAACCUGUUUAAGCACUUAUUGCGGACACGAAAAUUAUAUUUACAGUAUAGCAGCUAUUCCAAAUGGCACAUACAUCUACUCGUCUGGAGAGGAUAGAACUGUCAGAGUAUGGCAUAAUAUGGAACCGAGUCAAACCAUUGUUCUUCCGACACAAUCAAUAUGGUGUAUCAAGCUGUUCUCGAAUGGUGACAUCAUCGCUGGAAGCUCCGAUGGUGUCAUUAGGAUAUUCUCAUGCGACCCCGAACGAUACGCGAAUUCGGAGGCACUGCAAGCGUUUGAGAAAGAAGUGGCAAGCACCACUCUGAAUGCACAGCAAGUAAUUGGAGACAUCAACAGAAAAGAUUUACCAGAUUCGAGAGUUCUUCUACAACCUGGCCAACGAGACGGCCAAACAAAAAUUGUGAAUGAAGGGGAUGCGGUUAGAGCAUAUAGCUGGUCGCAGAGCGAACAACGAUGGAUAAAAAUUGGUGAUGUGAUGGGUGCAUCCGGCGGCACUGCGGCUACAUCCGGAAAGCAACUCUACAACGGCAUAGAAUAUGAUUGUUUUUCGGUCGACAUACAAGACGGCGUGCCACCUUUAAAACUUCCGUAUAACAAAGGCGAAGAUCCCUGGCAUGUUGCGCAGAAGUUCCUUCAUGACAAUGAUCUCAGUCAAUUAUUUUUGGAUCAGGUUGCAAAUUUCAUAGUAAAGAAUUCUGAGCCAGCUCCAAUUUUGAGUACUGGAUCUCAAUAUGUAGAUCCUUUUACAGGAGGAAACAGAUAUGUUCCUGGAUCAGGAACAUCAUCCAGUACGCCUGAUGUUACUGUGCAAUCAUCGACGUUUAGCUCUUCCAACACGCCUGCACCAUCUUCUUAUAUACCUCACUUGAAGUAUUUAAAAUUAGAACAAGCAAAUAUGUCUGCCAUUUUCGAAAAAUUGAAAGAAUUAAACGUCAAACAAGAAAGUACGUAUAAAAUACCGGAGAAAAAAUUAGAUGCAAUAGGAAAACUUAUAAACGGUCAAGUGUCUGAGGAAAUUAAAGCCACCGCUAUUAGUGCGCUAAAGAAUCUUUUCAAUUGGCCGAACGACACAUUGUUUCCUGUGUUAGAUAUAGCGAGACUCGCUGUACUUCACAAGGAAUUAAACGAUCAAUUGUGUACAGAGGAACUUUUGCCAGUCAUACAAAGGCAUCUCAGUUCUGAUGCGAUUUCAUCGAAUCAAAUGCUUACCUUUCGACUGAUAGCCAACAUGUUCCAACACGAAAAGGGAGAGAAACUUUGUCUUGAGCAUCAGGAUAAGAUAUUAGAAUCAGUGACGGAUCUACACUCCCUUGGAAAUAAAAAUAAUCAAGUCGCAAUAUCGACGUACAUCUUAAAUCUGAUUGUAGCAUUAAAUAAGUAUAACGAUACGCCUGCCAGAAUGAGAACGUUGAAAGUAUUAUUUGCCGUGUUGCCCCGUUUGAAUGAGUCCGAAGCGAAAUUCAGGGCUCUGGUUGGAAUGGGAACACUAUUGUCUGCUACACCAGAUCCUAGUGAUCGUAACGAAUUAAUUAACGCUGUACGCCAAUCCGAAACCGCUUUGUACAUUCUUAGAACUCUGUCAGAAAGUGCGAGUGAUCUCAGUACGACAAACAAAUUGGUAAACUGUUCUAAGCAGAUUAUAGAUUUGAUUAUUUAAUGCGCUUGCGAAUGAUUGGAACACGGUUAUUCAUAUACAACUGUUACGAAAAUAAGUUUUAUUAAAUGAAGGAAGAGAAUGAAAAGAUUAUAAUUAACUGAAAAUGAUUAUUGCGAAAUAAAAGAUUUUAAAAUGCACUAAUAUAUAAUUUUGGUAAAUGCAAUAAAGGUGAGAAGUAAAAAGUAAGUUUGCACAUAUAUUCACGGUUUGUAGUUUGGUGUUGCUCAAUCCCCGUAAAAUAUAAUAAGAAAAUAAAAUAGAUUUUUAACAUGAUUAA